CUUGAAAUUAAACUGGAAUGUGAAUUGAAAAGAGGAAAGAUUUUUGUGGAAACCAUUUUAGUGAUAAAAAAGUGCUAUUAUAGAUCUAAAUAGAUCAUACAAAAUGUUAUGAAUAUAUAAAAAGAUGUUAUGAAUUCAAAUGGAGCCAAAAAAUGCUUCACUAGAAAAAUCAGAAUCACAAGAGAGGAAUAAUUUGGUAGCUUAUUGGAGUGUUCCAUUAUUAGAUGGUGUUCAUACGGUCGAAUUCGAACAUGGAACAAAAAGCGGGAAAAGAGUCUUAAGAGUUGAUGGAGUCGAAAUUUUCAGGAGAGAUUGGAUGUUUAAGCUAGUAGGAGACGAAGAAUUUUAUUUAGGGAAACAAGAAGCGAAAUGUCUUUUGAAAGUCGACCCGAUGCCAAAUUUUGCAUUUUCUUAUAGUCUUUUAGUAGACGGAAAACCUCUAGAAAAGUUCACAGAAAAACAAUCUCAAGCUAUAAGAAGUUGGGCUGUUAUAACCGAAGGGAAGCGAUACAGGAUCGUCUUCGAAAAGCAAACGCUGAAUAUAUACGUCAAUGGCGAAUUGGUCGAAGCAGAAUGCAAUUUCACCUGUAACGGCACGGAGAUGAGCUUCCUAAUGGGCACUACUCUUGCUGUAAUACGAGCCGAAACAACUCAAAAAAAACAAGGUGUCGUUCAUCAACUGUUCGUCGAUGGUAAAUGCGUAGAAGAAGAUAUAAUUUUUUGAAAUUCUAAAUGUUGUGAAAAAUUAAUAAAAACAAAAAAAAAUUAGAUAACUAUAAUAAGUAGCGUCAUCUAGCACUUUUAUAUUCAAGUAUAUUUAUGCAGUUAGUUAUAUUACUAUAUUAUAGAUGGCAGAAGUUUCAAUUUGUUUGUAUAGAUACAGACAGUGUGGACACAUCAGAGCGGCCGCCAUGUUUAAACUAAACUACGACAUAAAUUAUUUGAGAAUAUAAAUUACGAUUUUAUAUUAUGAAGAAAAAAAUGCAGAAUCAGUCGAGUUUGGGUUAAACUUCGCGGCCACUCCCAUGUGUACACACUUUCUCUAUCAAUCCACUGCAUUUGUUUGAAUGUGCUAAUAAACUUAUUAAGAAAAAAGA